AGGUCACGCUGCUGCGCACUGGGGACAGUGCAGAGUCCCCGAUCCUGCUCAGUAGUGCUCUGAAAUUUACAGGCAUGAUGUUUUGGGGUCUUCUUUCCCUCCUCCUCUUUGCUGUGGCCAGCGGGACGCCCAUUGGUGACCAGGAUGAGGACAUCCAAGUGCAGGAGAAUUUUGAGCCUGAGCGGAUGUAUGGGAAAUGGUAUGAUGUAGCUGUUGCCACCACCUGCAAGUGGAUGAAGAAUUACAAGGAGAAGUUCAGCAUGGGCACACUGGUGCUGGGCCCUGGCCCCAGCACUGACCAGAUCAGUACCAUCAGCACCAGGCUGCGGCAAGGUGACUGCAAACGCGUCUCAGGAGAGUACCAGAAAACCGGCACCCCUGGCAAAUACACCUACUAUAGCCCCAAGUGGGAUGUGUCUAUCAAGUCCUACGUGCUUCGCACCAACUAUGAAGAAUACGCGGUCAUUCUGAUGAAGAAGACAAGUAAUUUUGGCCCAACCACCACACUGAAGCUGUAUGGGAGAAGCCCAGAGCUGCGGGAAGAGCUCACCGAGGCUUUCCAGCAGCUGGCUCUGGAGAUGGGCAUCCCUGCAGAUUCCAUCUUCAUCCUGGCCAACAAAGGUGAAUGUGUCCCACAGGAGACUGUCGCUGCCCCUGAGAGAGCACGGAGAGCAGUGCUGCCACCCGAGGAGGGCUCAGCUGCAGGCCCUCUGCCCACGUAUGUUGGCAACAAAGAAGACGCGUGCCGGCUGAACCGGGACCCGGGGCCCUGCAGCGGGAUGCUCUCCCGCUUCUUCUACAACACCUCCUCCAUGGCUUGCGAGACUUUCCUCUAUGGCGGCUGCCUGGGCAACGGCAACAACUUCUACUCAGAGAAGGAGUGCCUGCAGGCCUGCCGGACCGAGGCUGCCUGCAGGCUGCCCAUUGCCCAGGGGCCCUGCCAGAAACCAGUGAUACGCUGGGCCUUUGAUGCUGCUCAGGGCAAGUGCAUCAGGUUCAGCUAUGGAGGCUGCAAAGGCAAUGGGAACAAGUUCUACUCAGAGAAGGAGUGCAAGGAAUACUGCGGGGCUCCUCCACAGGCAGAGGAUGAGGAGUUUCUGCGUCUGUCAAACUGACAAGGGUGAAGGACGAACACUGAGCACAGGAGCUGGGGCCUCACAGGAGCUCCUGCCUGUACAGGAAUUAUCUCCAACAAUAAAUGUCUCUGAAGUGA